AUGCGUAAAAGGCAUGAACCUUCAGAUGCCAGCAAUCAGCCGGUCAAGGAUGGUUCUGCUGGACGAGCCUCUGCCACUGAUAGACCCCUGAGAGCUCACCCGAAUUUCUGUGUUGUCCGUCAACCUUCUGCGGAUGCCUUGGUCGAAUACCGAGUCUAUAACGUGAGGUACCAUCCUAGUGGCCGCGUUGUACGAGGUGAUGGAUGGGGACUGUUAGACCUGAUCGUCCUGAGCGGUCUGGUAUACGCGGCGAGCAGGACUCAAUGGACCUCCUACAUCGCUCAAGAGGAACGGUUGGACUUUUGGCAUCUUUGGCAAUCUCCAAUCACCUUACUGCUCGUCUUCCUCGCGUGGUCUUUUGUCAAAACUCAGACUGUUCUGUAUCAGUCAAUCACAGUGAAUGCCGACUACACUUUGGCAUUGAAGACAGUCCGAGGGAUAUCUAUACCGACGAUUCGUCCUGACGGUCUGCGUUCCGUUGACAGACACCAUAUCCCUUUACGGAUCACAAGACACCUGGUCGCUCUGUCAGAGGUCUCGACAAUCGUCAUCAACGAAUGUCUCACGCGAUGGAAUGCAAGAUACUACCUCGCCGUGCUCUGUCUGGGAGGAAACAUUAUCGUCCCAUUCGACAUUGUGUCCCCGGUGCACGCUAUCCUCGUCGAGAUCUACCAUGAGCUUCACGAGGUGCUGGCGAAGUACGAUGAUGAGACCGGAAAGGCGAGUCACAAGGAGGAUUCGGCAGAAGGAGAACCAAUGGCAUAG